UUUUUAAGAGCGAUGUAUUGCCAUUCGUAUUAUAACAAAAGGUAUUUGUACCAAUACAUGGCCACUCUUGCAGGUUGUAUAGCUGUAAUGAGUUCAGGAAUAAACUUAGGCUGGACGUCUCCAUAUCUACCAGAAAUUUUAAACGGAACUUAUCCAGAUAUCUCCAUGACUAGCGAUGAAGGCUCUUGGUGCGCAAUAAUGCCGCUUAUUGGAGCAAUUCCUGGAGCUCUUCUGACCAUGCUCGCCGUGGACAGAAUUGGAAGAAAAAUUACCGUGCUAAUCAUGGCACCGGUAACCUUCGGGGCGUUUGUGUGGUUGGCAUUUUCGAAAAGUGGCGUUGUGAUAUCGGUGUUGAGGUUCAUUAUCGGAAGCGUGGAAGGCGGCCUAUACACCGCUUUACCGAUGUAUCUAGGCGAAAUUUCCGAUUCCGAAGUUAGGGGUAUUCUGACAGCGUCAAUGGGACUGUUCUCAAUAUUGGGCGCGUUAUUUAUCAACGUUUUGGGAUUUCAUUAUACAAUAUUUGAAUCAUCGCUUGCAUGUGCCUGCGUGCCACUCUUACAUUUUUUAUCGUUCGUUUGGAUGCCUGAAUCUCCAUAUUACUAUAUCAAAAAAGGAAACAAAACUGCCGCGGAGACGAGCUUGAAAAUCUUUCGAAAUGCCGAAAGUGUUGCUGAAGAAUUGGACGAGAUGGUUAAGGCUGUUACUAGACAGGAAUCCGAGUCCAAAGCCAAAUUUACGGAUCUUGUUACGAUAAAAAGUAAUAGACGUGCGGUAGUGAUCUAUUUAAUCAUAAACUUUGCUCGAAAAUUCAGUGGGAAAAAUCCUAUAGGGUUUUAUACGCUUGAUAUAUUUCGGUUAGCGGACGGAGACUUAAGUGAGUACACAUCGGUAGUGAUUUUUAUUGGAGUCGAAGUGUGUGCGGCCAUGAUUGGCAUUUUAGUAAUUGACAGACUUGGUCGUAGGCCAUUAGUAAUAGCAUCAAUAGCAGUAUGUGGGGUAACUUUAGGGUUAAUGGGAACAUACUUUCUUCUUAAAGACGCAGUUGCUUCCUAUAUCACGCACCUCAGGUGGUUACCACUCACCUCUUUGGUUCUAUACAACACUUUUUAUACACUCGGUUUGGAGCUUGCACAAACAACGUAUCUUGGAGAGUUAUUUCCAACUAAUAUAAAAGCUAUUGCCUUAGGACUUGCCGACGUAGUUUCGGUAAUAAAUGGGGCAAUCGUGUCCAAAAUAUUCCAACUCAUUGCCGAUAACUUUGGCAUUCAUUAUUCGUUUUACGUUUUAUCACUAGCUUGUCUCACUGCGUUAAUUCUUAGCGUUAUCUAUGUAAUUGAAACGAAAAACAAAACGCUAGAAGAAAUACAAUUGUGCUUAGUUAAGGGUUCAUCAAUCCAAAAAAGAAAAUCACCAAAUUAA